AUGGCAAGAGAGACAUCCAGUGACGACAGCGUUCUCUCGCGGUACCUGCGAGAGAUCAACCGCAUACCGCUGCUCACCAGAGAACAGGAAGAGAACUUGGCCCGCAGGUCGGCGGCGGGCGACACCGAUGCCAAGGAGGCGCUGGCGCGCGCCAACCUGCGGUUCGUGGUGAACGUCGCCAAGCGGUAUCAGAAUCAGGGUCUGCCGCUGCUGGAUCUCAUCAGCGAAGGGAACAUCGGACUCCUGCACGCCAUCGAGCGCUUCGACGUGGACAAGGGCUAUCAUUUCAUCUCGUACGCCGUGUGGUGGAUCAAGCAGGCGAUCCUGAAGGCGGUGUGCGAGCAGUCCCGCCUGAUCCGCCUGCCGUUGAACCGCGCGAACGAGCUGGUGCAGAUCGACCGCACGCGCAAGGAAUUGCAGAGCGAGACCGGCACGGAGGGGACGGCCGAGCAGAUCGCCGGCCGUCUGCAGUUCAAGCCGGAGCUGGUCGAGGAGCUGACCUCGAUCUCCCGCGAGCUGAUAUCGCUCGACGCGCCGAUGUACGCCGAUUCAGAAUCGGCCAACCGGUCGGAGUUUCGUGGAGGACCCGAAGGGCGACGCGCCGGAUGA